CCGCCGCCGAUUAGCGCGAAGGGGCGACAAAAUGGCGGCGCCGAGCGUAGGAGCGGCGUCCUCCGGGGCAGGCUUUGCGAGCGCGGAUUUCUGCGACCUCCGCGGGAUCAAGAAGCAGCUGCUGGACGUGGCGGAGCGGAGCCGGGAGCGGGGCCUGCAGCACAGCGGGAAAUGGGCCUCAGAGCUGGCUUUUGCCCUGGACCCCCUGCCCCUGAAUGAGCUGCCUCCUGCGCCUGCACUCACAGAGGAAGAUGCUCGUGACUUGGAUGCUUACACUCUUGCUAAAUCAUACUUUGAUCUGAAAGAAUAUGACAGGGCUGCCUACUUUCUCCGGGGCUGCAAGAGCCAGAAGGCCUAUUUCCUAUAUAUGUAUUCUAGAUACCUGUCAGGUGAAAAAAAGAAGGAUGAUGAGACAGUGGAUAGUCUGGGUCCCUUAGAAAAGGGACAGGUGAAGAAUGAAGUUCUGAGGGAAUUACGGGUAGAGCUUAGCAAGAAACAUAAAGCCCGAGAGCUGGAUGGAUUUGGCCUUUAUCUGUAUGGGGUUGUGUUACGAAAGUUGGACUUAGUGAAGGAGGCCAUUGAUGUGUUCGUUGAAGCUACCCACAUUUUGCCAUUACACUGGGGGUCCUGGCUGGAGCUUUGUAACUUGAUUACAGACAAAGAAAUGCUGAAGUUCCUGUCCUUGCCAGAUACCUGGAUGAAGGAGUUCUUCUUGGCACAUAUCUACACAGAACUGCAGCUGAUAGAAGAAGCCUUACAGAAGUAUCAGAGUCUUAUUGAUGCAGGAUUCUCCAAAAGCACCUACAUUAUCUCCCAGAUUGCAGUGGCCUAUCACAAUAUCCGAGAUAUUGAUAAAGCUUUGUCCAUCUUCAAUGAAUUAAGGAAACAAGAUCCUUAUAGGAUAGAAAAUAUGGACACUUUUUCUAAUCUGCUAUAUGUUAGGGGCAUGAAACCUGAAUUGAGCUAUUUGGCCCACAACCUCUGUGAGAUUGACAAGUACCGUGUUGAGACAUGCUGUGUAAUUGGCAACUACUAUAGUUUACGCUCGCAACAUGAAAAAGCAGCACUUUAUUUCCAGAGGGCAUUAAAGCUGAAUCCUCGGUAUCUUGGAGCAUGGACUCUCAUGGGGCAUGAAUACAUGGAGAUGAAAAACACAUCAGCAGCUAUUCAGGCAUACAGACAUGCCAUAGAAGUGAACAAAAGAGACUAUAGAGCAUGGUAUGGACUGGGACAAACAUAUGAAAUACUUAAAAUGCCAUUUUAUUGCCUCUAUUACUAUCGACGAGCCCAUCAACUCAGACCCAAUGAUUCCCGUAUGCUGGUUGCUCUUGGAGAAUGUUAUGAGAAAUUAAAUCAGCUAGUAGAAGCCAAAAAGUGUUACUGGAGAGCAUAUGCUGUAGGAGAUGUGGAAAAAAUGGCACUGGUGAAACUAGCAAAGCUUCAUGAGCAAUUGAAUGAAUCAGAGCAAGCUGCUCAGUGCUAUAUCAAAUACAUCAAAGAUAUAUAUUCCUGUGGGGAGAUUGUGGAGCACCUAGAAGUGAGCACUGCCUUCCGCUACCUAGCUCAGUAUUAUUUCAAGUGCAAACUCUGGGAUGAAGCCUCAGCCUGUGCCCAGAAAUGCUGUGCAUUUAAUGAUACUAGAGAAGAAGGGAAGGCCCUCCUACGACAAAUCCUACAGUUAAGAAAUCAAGGAGAGACCUCCUCCACAGAGAUUGCCACACCUUUCUUACUUCCUUCUUCACUGUCGGCCAACAACACUCCAACACGUCGUGUGUCACCACUGAACCUGUCUAAUAUUACACCAUAAACUGUCCUGAGCCAAAAGAAUAAUCCAGCUGGAAUCUGGAUAUUUCUUUCUAGUGUUGCCACUUUUGGGUGGGGACUGUAUUCAGUGCUGAAUGCGAAUAACUCAUGAUUAGGGACAGGUAUUGUACUGCAGCUGUCAAAGAUUAGUUGCAUGAAAAGUGUAUCCUGAGUGAGCUGAACAUCCCAAUUUUUAUCAGUCUUUUCUUCUUAGGAGAUGUCACACUAGUUAAGAAGAUAUUUGUUGGUAUUGCUUUUCGGCCACCUCUUUAUUAUGUUCUUUUCCCAGGUAAUUGUCACAACACGUGUCAAAUAUGUGUAGCACAUAAGGGAAAUAAGUUUUUUGCUCUCAUUUGAAAAUGCAAGGGCAGCUUCUUCAGCUGCUGGACCCUGUCCUUUUUUUUACCUUUCAACAGAACAAGCUGUAUUAAGUUAAUAGCCUAGUGAAGAAAAGCCGGGGUGAAAAGUUAGCUAUUGAACUAAAUUCAGCUCAUCUGUGCAACAAUUAAUGCUAAUGUGCAGCCUAGUAACAUGGUAUGAACUGAUGGAACCAUUAUUUUUGUUCAGAUAAUGACAGUUCUUGAGGAGACAAACCACCUGUUUGGUUUGUUCAGAAACUAAGCAGAUCUAUUCUUUCAAAGCAGCUCUGCCCAGUUUUUUUUUAAAAAGAGGAACUGAUGUCUGUUAAACUGGUACUCUCCCUGGGGUGCGCAGUUGAAACACUGAAUAUGCUUUUCUCAAGUCAACAGGAAUAUAAUUUAAUGUCUGUGAUCAGUCCUCGGCAUACCACAGUAGAAUGUGGAAUAGCUUACUCAAGUCAACAAUGUAGAGUACAGGAGAAGCUGGACAAGUACUCAAGUUCUAUGGUUAAGCAGAUAAUAGUUUUAAAAUACAUUACAUUCUGCGUGUCAUUAAAUUGUUUUUAUCAGUA